UCACUUCGGUCCACGUUUACUGCUGUUCGCUGUGAAAGGGGGCGGCAAGGAGCUACUUUAAUCCCCCUACAGCUGUCUAUUUUAUUUAUCUAGCUUCUCUACUGUUUAUUCUUCAGGAGACGGGUCUCCUUUUGGGAACAUGGCUGCUUUAUCAGCCUGGUUUUGGAACGAGAAGUUCUGGCUGCCGUACAACGUGAGCUGGGCGGACUUGGCUGAUCCCGCGCCCGGGGUGGAGUACCCGAAAGCCGGGCACCUACUCAGUGCCUUCCCGCUAGCCCUGGGGAUAUUCGUGGUCAGGAUAUUUUUUGAAAGGUUCAUCGCCAGUCCCUGCGCCCACUUGCUCCGCAUCCAGGACGUGGUGAGCCGGAGAGCCCAGCCCAACGCCGUCCUGGAGAAAGUGUUUACAUGUAUUUCAAAGUGUCCAGACAAAUAUCACCUGGACGGUUUAUCGAAGCAGUUGGACUGGGAGGUCAGGAAGAUCCAGCGAUGGUUUCGGCAUCGGAGGAACCAGGAUAAACCGAGCACGAGGACCAAAUUCUGCGAGAGCAUGUGGAGGUUUACAUUUUAUCUGGGCAUAUUUACCUACGGGCUCUGCUUUCUCUGGCAGUCACCCUGGAUGUGGGACACGCGGCAGUGCUGGUACAAUUACCCUUAUCAGAUCCUUACUCCUGGCCUGUAUUAUUACUAUGUAACAGAACUGGCCUUCUACUGGUCUCUAAUGUUCUCCCAGUUUAGAGACAUAAAGAGAAAGGAUUUUCUCAUCAUGUUUGUGCAUCACUUGGCCACCGUGAGCCUGAUCAGCUUUUCAUAUGCAAACAACAUGGCGCGAGUGGGCAGCCUCGUCAUGUGUGUUCACGACACCUCCGACUUCCUCUUAGAGACUGCUAAAUUAGCCAACUACGCCAAAUACCAGCGCCUGUGUGACUUCGUGUUUGUGGUGUUCGGAGCGGCCUUCUUUGUAACGAGGCUCAUCAUUUAUCCUUUCUGGGUUCUGAACAGUACAAUGUUCGAGAGCUGGGAGAUCGUCGGUCCGUUUGGCUCUUGGUGGCUCUUCAACGUUCUGCUGCUGGUGCUGCAGGUCCUGCACGUUAUCUGGUCCUACCUCAUAGCACGCAUCGCCUUCAACGCCCUCAUGAGAGGAAAGGUUUCCAAAGACGUGCGUAGUGAUAUCGAAAGCAGCUCAGAGGACGAGACUGAAACGAGCCACAAUCGAGCCUCAGCCAAACGGGAGAACGGGACCAACGGCCAUUUCGGCAGCAAGCCCUGGGUCCAGAAGGACGAGUGCUGGUGACACGACGACGCUCCACGAGCCGGUCACGAACUGUCAGAACUGCAGCAUUUUGCUUACACUCCUAAAUCGGUUUGGUCAGGAAACCCCCACAAGAUCCUGGGUCAUCAAACGCACGUGCUCCCGUUUUACACACACUGUUGAAUGCACUGGCUGUACGGACACACGCGGGAAACGUAAAUUAAAAUGAGAUUUAUGAGAUGAUGUUUCGGGAGCAGAAGUGAGCGCGCUUUCUUCAUAAAGCUUCACGUUUUACUGAAGUCAGGGAAGAAACCUUGUCACUUCUGUUCUGCACUCCAUGUCUGAUGUACUUGAGCUUUUUUUUCCAGCCUAAAAUAUUUUAAUGGUCAGUUACUGAUGUUCUUCACUGAUGUUCUGUUUUUCUAUUCUACCUUAUUUUUAUUUCGAGACCAAAUAUGUUUAUUAAAAUGUGAUGUGAUUGCUUCAUGCUGAGAGACGA